AUGGUGAUAUUGAUUUUCGAAAUUUUUGAUACACUGGGAGUGGGAAGACAUAUACCAUGUGGGGUCCUGCCAGUGCUUUGUCAGGUAAUAAUUCAGCAAAUGGCAAACAAGGUCUUGCGCCUCGUGUGUUUGAAAGAAUCUUUGCUCGCAUUAGUGAAAAGUGGUCUUUUGUUGCUCACUCAGAUUAGAGAAGAUGUCAAAUCGGGUGUGUAUGUUGAAAAUCUUACAGAGGUGCAAGUUUGUACGAAGGAAGAUGUGACUCAGCUUUUGAUAAAGGUGUGUUUCGUCACAGUUGAACCUGAGGCAGCGUUGCUUGGUGGAGAAGGUGAUUGCCUUGGAGGAGAGUCAUCGCCUGAUUUUGAUACAGAAGAUGGUUUGUUAAACAAGAGGAUUGGUGCAACCAGUAUAAAUGCUGAAAGUUCACGUUCACAUACUGUUUUUACUUGUGUGGUUGAAUCUCGAUCCAAGAGCAUUGCAGAUGGUGUAAGCAAAUUUAGAACAAGUAAAAUAAAUCUUGUUGAUCUAGCUGGUUCAGAACGACAAAAGUUAACGGGUGCAGCGGGAGACCGUUUGAAGGAAGCCAGCAACAUCAAUAGAUCACUUUCACAGCUGGGGAAUUUGAUAAACAUUCUUGCUGAAGUUUCUCAAACAGGAAAGCAGCGGCAUAUACCAUAUAGAGACUCCAAGUUGACAUUUUUAUUGCAGGAGUCUCUGGGAGGGAAUGCAAAAUUAGCAUUGGUUUGUGCUGUUUCUCCAGCACAAAGUUGUAAGAGUGAAACUUUUAGUACACUGAGAUUUGCACAACGUGUCAAAGCUAUCAAGAACAAAGCAGUUGUUAAUGAAGUAAUGCAUGAUGAUGUUAAUCAUUUGCGCGAGGGUGAGCUGCAUCGAGUUAAAACAAAUGGUUACAAUCUAAGUGAUGGAAGUGGAAGUCAUUCAGCAGCUUUGAUCCAAAAGAGUUUGAAUUUGUUGCAGUGUAGCCUCAAUCAUCCAUUAUCACUACCUCAUGUUGAUGAUGAUGGUGAUGAGGAGAUGGAAAUUGACAAUGACGGUGUUGAGGGUCAUGCUGUACUUGUCCACAAUUCAAAUGGAGGCUUUGCUGGUAUUUCAGCCCCUAAUGAAGCUAGUGGUUCUCCUAGUGCUAUGAAUUGUGACACCCCUGCUAGCCUGAGCAUAGUUCAAUGCAAAACACCCCCCAUCAUCAAAUCCCCAACUCCCAGUCUUUCACCAACAAUCAGCUGCAGCAGGAAAAGUUUGAGAACCUCACUAAAGCAAUCUCCUUCUGAGAAUAAUCUUCAUGGUGAGAGUGAUUUAGCCACAAAAACUGUUGACAAAAAAUGUUUGUCAACUGCUCUGUGUAGCCAGACAGCUCCAUAUUUCCUUCCUAAAACUGAAAAUUUAGCAGCAAGCAUCCUCCAUGGUCUUGAAAUUAUUGAUAGUCACCAUCAUGGUCGUUCACCCAAAGACUCAAGGCUAACUUUUCCAGUGAACAAAGUUGAUGUGGGAGUCCAGACUAUUCUAGACAAUAAUUCCAAAAUGGAAGAUUAUGAUAUGUUUACCAGUAAUAACUGCAAAAUCAGAACACAGCUUGAUAAAAAUGAAAUUGACAAUAGCUCAACUGUGCAGCCGGUCCCCAUUGAUUGUCCAAAGUCUACUGCUAAGCCAAAGAGACAAGUUUUGAAAGCAGUAGAGAGAGUCUUGGCAGGAUCCAUAAGGAGAGAAAUGGCACUGGAAGAGCUCUGUGCAAAGCAAACUUCUGAGAUAAUGCAGCUCAAUUACUUAUUACAAAAGUACAGGCAUGAGAGGGAAUGCAAUGUCAUAAUAGCACAGAUAAGAGAAGAUAAAAUUCUUCGCCUUCAAAGCCUUAUGGAUGGUGUUUUAUCCACCGAGGAGUUCAUGGAUGAAGAGCUGGUGUCCGUUACACAUGAAAACAAGGACUUGUCUGCUAUCAACACUGAACAGAUUUUAAAAGAGAACCACGAGCAUCAUCUAGAAGUUCUGAAGAUGAAGAUAGAGUUAAAAAGAGUACAUGAUGAGUUACAAGAGUAUCAGAAUUUUUACCAGUUUGGGGAGAGGGAAGUGUUGAUGGAAGAGAUAUGUAGUCUAAGAUAUCAGCUUCAUUUUUAUGUUGACUCUUCAUCCACAUCCGCAACGAAGCAAAGUCCGCUAUUUCAGUUGGCAGCAAACCUCAAUGCAAUUCCAGAUUCAACAGCGGCCAGCUCUAAGGCAAAUGAAAAUCCAGAAUCAGCUGAAGACAGAGCCAAACUAAAACAUGAACAGGAAAAAAAUCAAUGGACUGAGGCAGAAAGUAGGCGGAUUUCUCUAACUGAAAAACUGAGAGCUGAACUUGAAGCUAGCAGGUCACUAGCUGAAAAGAGGAAGCAAGAACUAGAUACUGAGAGGAAGUGUGUUGAGGAACUGAAUAAAACAAUGCAAGUGGCUAUAGAAGGUCAUGUACGAAUUCGAGAACAGUAUGCUGAUUUAGAAGACAAACAUAUCCAAUUGCUUGAAAGGUAUAGAAAGAUUGAGUAUGGAAUUGAUGAUGUUAAGCAAGCAGCUUCCAGAGCAGGUGUAAGAGGUGCAGAGUCUAAAUUCAUAAAUGCCCUUGCUGCAGAAAUUUCAGCAUUAAAAGCAGAAAAAGAAAAGGAAAGUGAGGCCUUGAGAGUUGAAAAUAGAGGUCUUCGGGCUCAACUGAAGGAUACUACUGAAGCAGUGCAAGCUGCAGGUGAGCUUCUUGUGCGACUUAAAGAAACACAAGAAGGUGUCAUUACUGCACAGAAGCCGGCGAUGGAUGCAGAGCUGGAAGCUGCAAAGGCCUACAAGCAAAUUGAUAAAUUAAAGAAGAAACAUGAGAGGGAGAUUAGAACACUUAAUGUGCUACUUGCAAAAACACCUAAUGAUGAAAUACAACCUAGUUUUGAUGACUUUGUCAUGCCUACUUAUGAUGACACCAAGGUGCAACACAAUGUUGAUGGUCAAUUUAAGUUAUUUUGUAACGAAGAGGAGAGUGAGCUUACAAAAUUGGCAGAACAAUCAUGGUUCUCUGGUUAUGACACAUGA